GCCCCACAUCGCCCUCCCUGCCCUGCCCCUCUCUGCAUCUUCAACCUCGCAUAAAUUCAUCAAUGGGCGAUUUCUAUUUCUUUGUGCUCUGCCCUAUUCUCUAAUUCAUCUCAAUCGCAUCGGAUUGCAUUCCCCAAAACCACCGAAUACAAUUCCCAAUUUGCUCCCGUUGAUUGCCCGCCCCUUCGAAUCAUUCUGAUUUUACACUGCCGGAUCGGAGAAGCGCGAUAUUGAUUGCUUAUUGAUUCGCGGCAGAUUCCCCGGAAGAAUUAAAUAUUCCAGACGCGGGUGGGAAGUCGAUUGGGGUUUUGUUGGGUGGAUUGGAUCUCUCAUGCACUACGACAACUAUCUUCAUUUUGCCCAUAGGUUUUGCUGGCGCAAUUUCAUUGUUUAUUAAUUUAGUUGACUAGGGUUCGUUUUUUUCAACAUUUGAUCGAUCUUCUCGAGAGCUGACGAAAGGGCGGUGGAAAUAGCCCCAAAGAAGUCAGAGAACCGCGGCACGAUUCAACAGCAGCUUCUGCUUCUUUGGAGGACGAUUUUCUCAGCUGCGAGGAAUAAUUAAUUUCAAAAAUGGAAAUGGAAAACGCCCGAGAUACGAAAGGGAAAUUUGCGAAAGCUAGGGCGAAAGAAGACGCGCUCUUUGGUUCUACAGGAGUGGCGGAUUCGUCAUUCCGGCUGCUGAAACUCGUCUCUGUAUUGAUCAUUUUUGUUCUGGGUGUAGUUUUGGGAUUGAUCUCUGGUUCGCAUGUCGAUAGGUACUUCGAUUUCCAGUUCAGAGGCAAGAGCGUGUAUUUUAAUCCUUUUCAAUUUGGUCCGGCGAAUGAUGAGAGUAUUGAGGUGAAUUGUGGAAGGGAUGAGUUGAAGAGCAUGGACAGUUUCACAGGACUGCAAAAUCUGAACCAUGGUUUGACAGACGAUCAGUUGUUUUGGAGGGCGACAUUGGUGCCGGAGAAGGAGGAGUUUCCUUUCAGCAGAAUGCCAAAAGUGGCUUUCAUGUUCUUGACUCGUGGCCCAAUCCCGCUGUUGCCGUUGUGGGAGAGGUUCUUCGCCGGGCAGGAUGCGGAUAAGUAUUCCAUUUUCGUGCAUGCUCCGCCGGGAUUUGAGCUCAGUGUUUCCGAAUCAUCAGUUUUCUAUAGGCGCCAGAUUCCAAGUAAGAGCGUCGCGUGGGGAUCAGUGUCGCUGGUCGAUGGAGAAAAACGGCUUUUAGCCAACGCCCUUCUCGACUACUCAAAUGAGCGAUUUGUUCUUCUCUCGGAGAGCUGUAUUCCCAUCUACGAUUUCCCAACAGUCCACAAAUACCUCGUGGAGUCCGCCCACAGUUUUGUCGAGUCAUUCGAUGACCCGUCCCGUUACGGCCGCGGCCGCUACAGCCGUUGGAUGAAGCCCGAUAUCAAACUUUCCGAAUGGCGAAAAGGCUCUCAAUGGUUCGAGAUGCAGCGCACCCUGGCUGUCAAGAUUGUCGCCGACACCAAAUAUUACUCGAUCUUCAGUAAAUACUGCAAACCGUCGUGCUACCCGGACGAGCACUACAUUCCAACCUACAUACGUAAGUUCUAUGGCUCCCUGAACUCGAACCGCACCAUAACUUACGUCGACUGGUCGCUAAUAGCGCCACAUCCGGCAACAUUUAGUGCCGUUAACAUAACUGAAGGUUUCAUGAACUCGCUUAGAAAUAACGGCACAGCCUGCCGUUACAAUUUCGGCGAAACGCCGAUCUGCCAUCUUUUUGCUAGGAAGUUUGAUCCCAGUGCCUUGGAACCUUUGCUUAAUAUUAGCUCACAAGUUAUGGGAUUUUGAUAUGUUUUCGAAUCUUUUCUUUUCUUGUUUUUGUUAGGGUUUUGAUCCAGACUGUGUUUUGUGUUGUACAGUUUUGUUGGAGGGAAAUUUUGGUAUGUUUGUUGGUAGUUUGCAGAGUUUGUGGUUUUUUGAGGAUGGAAAUGAGAUACACCAUACCAAUGUUAUUGA